UCCGCCACUGAAUAUAAUUCAGCCGUGCUAGAAGACGCAAGACUUGUGAAUCCUAUCUUAUUCUAAUAUUAGAGCUAAUAUUACGAAAGAUUAACUAGUAUUCGAACUUUAAAAAGUAUCAUCUAUUUCAUUACUUUUGAUGCUGUGUGCUACUUUUUUGUGCCACGGCACCUCAAAUUAUUAAUAAAUAAAUAUUUAUUUCUAAAAGAAAACAAGUAAUAAGAUUUUCUACGAAAUAUCUUUUUUAGCAAUGCAAUGUUAUGCUAAAUAACUCAAGAAAAUGUUAGUUUCGGUUUCGCGAUUGAUGAACAGACAGUUGAGUUGUUCUUAUUGAUGAUAUGCUGAUGCUGAUGUUGUUUAUAAGACGCCCGCCAUAUUUGUCUUUUGUUCAACAACUUCUAAUAACUGUUACUGAUAUUUAUUUCCUUGGAAAUGUCAGGAAAAAAGUAUGCUGUUGUGAAUUUCACAGAAAGUGACACUGUCGAAGUCAUACCGACUAAGUGGUUAUUGGGCAAAGGUGUGGCGAAGUGGCCCAGCAAGUUGCCCACUUGUAAAAUUACUAAGUAUCUGCAGGACAACUUGCCUGCUGAUGACCAAUGGGAGAAUUUUAAAGUUAAAGUUCUUUGCUCUUCCAAUUGUUUUAAAAGUGCUCACAUUAAAGCUCAAGAAGCGCAAGAAACAUCAAAUCUUGAGUCAUCUGCGUCUGAAGAUGAGACAACUAAUACAAAAAGGAAACGGCAAAUACCUGUACGAUUUAGGCAGGAUUCCAGUACAGAUGAUGAUCUGGAAAAUUUUUCAAAUUCUAAGAAAUCUAGAAAGAAAAGGUUUAAGGCACACACCCCACCCUCUUUAAGUUGGGCCCCAUCAAUUCCCAUUAACCUUGAUGAAGUUCCGCAGACUUCCAGCGAAGUCCCAGAGAUGUUUCCAGCAAUGCCAGAGCUGAAUAAUUUGUAUCCAGAAACCUCUGUUGCAGUUCCAGUGCCAGAAAUUAUUGGUGUUGUUGGAGCCAAUGCUGCCUCAUUAUUUGGAAUGAUGAAACGUUUGUUUUGUGAAUUGGAGCGGUUGAGGCUGGAGAUGAAAAAAUUGGCGCAGGAGCAUGCCCGAAUGAAUGCCACAUUAGUAGGGUUACAAAUUGAUGCUGGAAAAAAGGUUGCCAGUCCCAUUACUUCCAAUCCUAUUCCGAACCUUGAUUUGCCAAUCCAAACAGAUGAAGAUUUAGUUUGUUUAAAUCAAAAGUUAUCAGAAGAUACUAAAUUGUCUUCAAUUUUGGUUAGCUACCUUUCAAAUAUAUGUUAUGGCAAACAAUUGUCCUUCUUUACCACUAACUUAUUAAAAAAAUUUAUUGCGAAAGAUGUUGCUCUGCAAUACAGUAGACUUGGGAGAAAGGGAAAGAAAUCUCUUGAAGACUUGAGGGAAAUAUAUCAUGUGCUUUUGGCUACAAUGUCACUCCACUUUCCAGAAGCUAAACGUGAAGAGCUCUCAGAAAGACUUGGCAAGGUCCUCUCUUGUGCAAGAGAAUGGGGUUAUUCCACGAAAAGAUCUUCCCUGGUGGAGUUUAACGACCUCAGUAAUUCAUUGCAUGUAUCGGAUAGCUUGUAAAAACGAAAAAGAACAUGCUAUAUUUUCUCUUUUAUUUCAUUUUUUAUUAAAUUUUUCACUGUGAUAUAACCUAGGAAUUGUAAAAAAUCAGUACUAAAGAAUUUAGCUUAA